AAUACAAUUCCUUUCUAAAAAGAUAUAAUUGAUUAUAAUUGCAAAAAGCAUAAUUCAUCUUUUUAAAAAGUAAUAUUUUUACACUGUAAGAAUAAGUAUAAAGGAUUAUAUUACACGAAGCUCACAAUAUUUAGAAUUGUAGCAAUAGUUUUAUGAAAAUAUUGUUACAAAUGUUCUUCUGAAAGGAUUAUGAGCUUAAUAAAAUGUUAUGGUUUGUUUUUCAAGCGAACAAACUGGAUUGGCGUCGUCUAUAACUUUGCAAUUUACAGAAAGACUUGCAGCUAAAUGAGAAUAUGAAUAUAUAAUAUAUGUUUUCCGAGAAGAGAAACAGUUAAAACUUAUAAGUACGUUAUGUAGUGCUUUUCCGAUGGAGGUAAAUAACUAAUUGAGAAGCGUAUCAAUAUGAUAAUGGAUUAUCGAAACUUCAUUGUGCUAAUAAUUCGAAUAUAUCCAAUCGUUGCGAUGUAUGUAGAAAUCCAAAGAAGUUACGAAUUUGAAGAUGUACUGUCAGAAGAACAACAGGAUUACGAGAAGGAGUUUUGGAUUUGGCGCUCUGAGGCGUCAAACUUGAAGACUCUUCGACUGGUAGACUCACAUAAAAGAUACAGAGCAGACUUUAAAAUUUGUAUUGAACCAAUAGAAGGAAGAGAGAUAGUUCCUAUGUUCCUAGAUGAUAUAAGAUAUGCAAAUGAUGGACCAAACGAUACUAUUUCUGUAACACUGGAUGGGGAAUAUUGGGAUGAAUACUCUACAUAUGAAAAAUGGGCACAUGGUCACGACUGGAACAUUUUUCGUAACACGGGAAGAUUGACAGAAGUUAAAUAUUUAAACAAGGGUGAAUAUGUUAUAGGUGUUUCUGUGAAAACGGAUCAGUGGGGAAUAGAGCUUGACAAAAUAAGAUUAAUUGCAGAGUAUCAAGAACUAGAAAGUGAUUUAUUUUGCGGUGGAAGAUUAGUAGAUACAAACAAUACUGAAACACGCGAUGAAAGUGAAUUUAUUAUAAUGCCCACGUUAUAAAAAAUGUUAAAUAUCCAUACCAUGUCCAGUGGAUAAAGAAUAAAGAAAUAUUUGAAAGCCACUGGUUUCAGCAAAAUGGGUAUUUCACUUGCUUUUUUUUGUUGUAAGGAUUUUUACUGUUCGUAGGAUGAACUUUUCAACAAAGAGCGACAAAGUUCUUUUCAAUUUCUGUUUCAUGUCGGUUGUGAUUAAUAGGCGAAGUUCAUUUCUACUAUUGACUGUAAUUUGAUUAUAUAUGUAAUGUGUAAUGAAUAUAACUAGAAUGUUUUACAUAACGUAAUUAUGUUAAUAUUUUUAUUUUGUCUAUUCUACAAAUAUUAUCGACACGAUUGUGUUGUUAUUUCAAUUACAAAAUAGAACAAAAUGCUUUAUCUUUUCUAUGGAUAACCUAUACAUAUAAACGCGAUAGUAUUAACCUUUAACCUGCUGGCGGCAAGUGAUUCUGCGUUUGCGACCUGUGCAGACCAAGAUCAGCCUGCACCUCCGUACAGGCUGAUCAUGGUCUGCACUGUUUGCUAUUCAGUCAGUAAAUUUUCAGUGAACACCCCUUCCAAUGGUAUUGCCUAAAUUGAAUUAUGAAU